ACUUAAGCAAUAGGUGGCACUGAUGGAUGAUGUAGAUCGCAUUGUCCCUGAGACAGCGUCACUGCGGAAGAGAAAGCCAGCAGAGGAGAAACUUGGAUUGUGUCACUUGGAGCAGCGUCCAGGCAAAGACAAGCAGACAUGUGGCAGGAGAUUCUUCCAAAUGCCUGGAAGAACGUCUUGUCCCGGAUCAGGUCUUUUGAAUAUUCUCAGAAGAAUGCAGUCCUGGUCCCUGUGGCUGCCCUGGGGGUUGGAGGGAUCCUGGUUUGCUGGCUGAGAUCUAGACACAAGAUCAAGACUAUUGAAAUGGGCGAUGGAUGGUGGGGCUCAGGUGAAAGAUCCCUAAAAGGGAGAGAAGAUGACAGUAUCCGUCCCUUCAAGAUUGAAACAUCUGACAAAGAAAUCGAGGAUCUGCACCGGCGCCUGGAUCAGGCCCGCUACACACCACAUGUGGAAGGGGCUGCCUUCCACUAUGGCUUCAACUCCAGCUACUUGAAGGAGGUGGUGUCCUACUGGAGGAACCAGUUUGACUGGCGCAAGCAAGUGGAAGUCCUGAACAAAUAUCCCCACUUCCACACCACAAUUGAAGGGAUUGAUAUCCAUUUUAUCCAUGUGAAGCCAUCCUAUGUUCCUCAUGGUCGAGCUGUUCAACCUCUGCUGAUGGUCCACGGCUGGCCUGGCUCCUUCUAUGAGUUCUACAAGAUCAUCCCUCUGCUCACGGAGCCAGCCAAGCAUGGCCUGAAUGAGGGUGAUCUGGUAUUUGAGGUUAUCUGCCCAUCCAUCCCAGGCUAUGGCUUCUCAGAGGCCCCUCACCAGCAAGGCUUUGACUCCAUAGCAACUGCUCGGAUAUUUCAUAAGCUGAUGAAGAGAUUGGGCUUCAAGGAAUAUUACAUACAGGGAGGAGACUGGGGAUCUCGUAUUACCACAAACAUGGCCCAGAUGCUGCCACAAUCUGUGAGAGGGCUUCAUCUGAAUAUUGUCUUCCUUGGCAAUCAAAGUUUGGGAAGGUGGAUUUCCAUAAUGCUUGGAGCUUAUGUACCAUGGCUUGUAGGCCUCAGUAGGGAAGAUGCUCGACGUAUCUACCCCUUCAUGCAGAAGAACGUCUAUGACAUUCUGCGAGAGUCUGGAUACUUACACAUCCAAGCCACCAAACCAGACACUGCAGGUUGUGGACUGAAUGACUCCCCAGUGGGGCUUGCUGCAUAUAUUUUGGAGAAAUUCUCCACCUGGACAGAUAAAUCAUUUCUGCAUAAAGAUGAUGGAGGCUUAGAAAGCAAAUACUCUCUUGAUGAGCUUUUGACCAAUGUGAUGAUUUAUUGGGUGACAUCCUCCAUUGUGUCCUCAAUGCGAUACUACAAGGAGAACUUUUCCAAGGACCCUAAUCUAAAUGCUUAUAACAGGUUUGGUAUACAUGUUCCCACAGGGAUCGCGGCUUUUCCUCAGGAGAUAGUUCAUACACCACGUACCUGGGCAAAGGAUGUCUACAAGAACAUCAUCACUUACACUUACAUGCCACGUGGAGGGCAUUUUGCUGCCUUUGAGGAACCAAAGCUUCUGGCACAAGACAUCAUGCAGUUUGUCAGAAAAGUGGAACAGCUGUAAACCUGCAGUUUAAAUACAUGCACAGAAUGGAAGCAAGUUGUUCUGGCACCAGCAGAACCUUUGCUUUGAGGGGUUAAAUAAAUCCAGUGUAAUCACAUAUAGAAACCAGUAUUUUAUUUUGAUAAUAAUUACAGUACUAAACUUGUUAAUCAAGCUGUAAAGAUUUUUAUAAGGAGAAAAAACAAAAAAUUAAAAAAACAAAAA